CCGGCACCUGGUACGGAACAUCCGGCUUUCAUAUGGCGGGAGAAGGAAGUGUCCCGUUUUCCUGCUUUGAGUUGUGAAUAGAAAAUUUCUUUUCGUGCAUUUCAAACAUUAGUAUAUUGUUAUAGUGUUGCGACCGCUGAGAAGUUUGUCAGUCAUUUAGUUAACUAUUUCCAGGUGGAUAUUUUAAGGAAAGCCGACAUGGAGAAACGUCCCGCUACCAAAAACCGAAACACAGAAAACGACCCCCUCCCCCUGUCCUCCCUACGCCUCUCAGCUUCGCCGUUGCGGAUGGUCUCAGCCGCCAUGUGGCGGGUGAUGAAAAACAGAGAUGUGCUGCACUAUGGAAAGCUGGAAGCGUUUGUGACGUCCAUCUCUGCUGCCAGUCCCAUACUGCUGUCCUGCCGGCACCGUGCCAAACUGAUUCUGGGUCUCCGGGCUCGGAUGGUCCUAGAGUUGUGUCGAGGCCGUGCUCCUCCGGACCCCAGUGUUGUUCUACCCCACUUGGAACGCCUGCAGCCCUUGGGUGACCCUUCAAACCGCAGACGUGAUGAUGUCAAGGUGCGAGAAACGAUUUCAAAAUUCCAUGAGCUGGUGCAGGGCCUCCUGGACAACCCUGCAAGACGAAAAUAUUUUUUCCAGGAGGUAUUCCCUGUAGAGUUUGGUCCCGAGUUUGACAAUGCGCUGGAGAAGUUGUUGUGGGAAUUUCUGGUGCGGCUGGACAUACUUCUUCCCGUGCCUGACCUCGCUCAGACUGUGCAGUGGCUCAGCACUGCCCACGUUGUCCUGGAGGAACAUGCACAGUUCUUGUCUGAGCCCCAGCUGCUGAGGUCUCUGUUCCAGCAUCAGAGGUGCCUUGGUUACUUGCACUUGCCUGACCUCUCGUCCUCCUUGGGUGACUCCAUCCUGUCAUCGCUGUCCCUCGCUCUUUCCGGAAGAGUGCCGAGUGACAAUCAGCCGUCAGACGGGGAAUCGGAUUCCAGGAAAACUCGCGUGAUGCAAGACUGUAGAGAAGCUGACGGGGGGUCGUGCGUGCGGCCGGUCGCUGAAAGGACAGAGGAGCGGAAGAUGAGAAGCACUCUGGCAUUGUGCCGUCAAGGGAAAGAAGAGUCUAGAAAAGGUAUAAAGGGCUCCGAUCAUGAUGAGGCAACGAGGAGGCCAGGGUUACAUUCUGACAUCAGUCUCAGGGAAUCAGGGAGAAAAGAACUUCAGGAAGAAACCAGCAAACGGGCCAAGUCAUGUUACCAACAGGAGGAGGAAGAUGAGAAUGAGAGGGCCCAGAGAGAGAAGCAGGGUGGGGCUCUCAACAGGGGCUCUGGCCGGACAGAUUGGACCCAAUCUUCUCUGGUUGCCGCCUGCCUUAAUAGCCAGCCAAGGGUUCUGGUUAAACAACUCAGCUUAGCAGAUAUCCAUCCUCGCAGCAGUGUGGUCAGUGGAGCCCGAUCUCCAGCGAAACAGGACAAGGGCUCGUCAGAAUUCAGAGUGAAGCGGAAGAGGAAGCUUUGGAUGACACCUAAGAUUCUGGAAGCAGCAGAAAAAGAGAACUCUGCUGACCAUCCUGUCGCGUCAAGUGCAUCUCCUGUCAUCUCGCCGUUUACACAAAAAACAGGGAGGACCAGGUCAUCUCCGGAAGACAGUGACGUCGUCCUUGAUUCUGAAGAUGAAGAAACUAAGAAUUUCAAGGGAAGGCUGUUCGCCAAGCGGUACUACCGGACCAAGCACCACACCUAUGUGCCCACGCUCAGGGAGUUCUGGAAGCCUAGCCUGGCUAAGCCAGCCCUGCUGUCCCUCAGCCGUGCUCACAGGUGACCAGCUCUGGAUGCUGUCCCCGCUUCGCUGGCCAGGAACCGGGACCGCGUAGGUGCUGAGGAGGUGCCAGGCUUUCAUCACACGUGAUGUGAGCACUUAAACAUAGACUGAGAUCCACAACGGAUUGUUUAUAUGCUGAGGAUACUUGUGGUUCUGUGGAGAUAGUGCUGCAAGUAGAGAAGUAUGGGUUGGAGAUGCUUUAAAUGGUCCUUUCCACCUUUUUAAAACUUACAUAUAUGCAAAUCAUAAUUAUGCUCCAAUUCAGCAAUUUUCUAAGUUUUAAAUGGAUUAAUAGUGAAUUAUAAUAAAGUAUAUAAAUCCUG